AUGGUUGGAAAAGAUAUUGAUUAUGAAACUGUCCCAGGUAAUUCACAUCUAAUUGAUCUAGAUGGACACAUCCCUGGGCGCCUUGCAAAAGGAAAGUCAAAUAACAUAUUAUUACCAACUCCUUCUGAUGAUUAUGAUGAUCCAUUGAACUGGUCCUCAAGAAGGAAAUGGCUAGCUGUCUUUUGUAAUGUUGUUUAUACAUUUGGUGUGGGUAUUCCAUCUGCUGCUAUUUAUUCAGUCUUGACAAACAUUAAUAUAACUCUAGGGCAACUCAAUGCUGGUACUGGUUACAUGUUUUUAUUUUUUGGAAUAGGAUGUAUAAUACUUCAGCCAAUAGCUCUACAAUAUGGUAAAAGGCCGGUGUACUUAUUCAGUGUUUUUUCAACGUGUCUAAUAUGUGUUUGGGCACCAUAUUCGAAAUCAAAUGGUGGAUGGAUUGGUAAUAAGAUUUUGCAAGGCUUUGUUGGAUCGCCAAUUGAAUCAUUAUGUGAAAUCACAUUGUCUGAUAUCUUUUUUGAGCAUGAGCGUGCUAAGGGAAUGGGUAUAUAUGCUGUUGCUUUAUUUACUGCAAAUUAUAUGGCGCCAAUGCUUGCUGGUUUCGUUUAUGAUGGGAUGGGAUGGAAAUGGGUUUUAUGGAUGUCAUCUGUUUUCUCAGCUGUUUGUUUUGUGUUCUUGUUCUUCUUUGUGGAAGAAACAAAUUAUGAUCGUAACUCCAAAGUUAAGUCGCUUACCACAAUAGAAGGUAUAGAAACUGAAGAAAACAAUAGCAAUACAACUGAAUCUAAAGAGAAAUAUCGUCCCUUUGGCUCUGGAUCUUUACAAUCCAUUGAUAAGCUAGAUAGGUGCUGUUUCAAAUCAUGA